AUGAGGCUGCAGAAGGAUGGCUCUGAAAUGAGAAAUGAGAUAAUCAUAAUUGGUUUUGUUGCUAUUUGUAGCUUAUUGGUUGCAGUGUUUGGGGAUGGAGACUUGGAUAGAGAUCUAGAAAUAACAUGGGGUGAUGGGCGUGCGAGGAUGGUUGGGGAUAAUAAUAAUGAGCAGAUUCUGAAGCUGUCUCUCGACAGAGAUUCUGGGUCUGGAUUUCAAUCCAAAAACCAGUAUUUGUUCGGAAAGAUUGACGUUCAGAUCAAGCUUGUUCCUGGUGAUUCUGCUGGUACUGUAACUGCCUACUAUUUAUCUUCACUGGGUUUUGCUCACGACGAAAUAGACUUUGAAUUUCUGGGUAACCUCAGUGGUGAUCCCUAUGUUCUUCAUACAAACAUAUACACACAAGGCCAAGGCGACAAAGAACAGCAAAUCUAUUUGUGGUUCGACCCCACCAAGAAUUUCCACACUUAUUCCAUUCUCUGGAAUCCACUCAACGUCAUAUUCUACGUGGAUGGGACACCAAUAAGAGCGUUCAAGAACUUGGAAGCAAGAGGGGUUCCAUUUCCAAAGAAUCAAGCGAUGAGGAUAUAUUCGAGCAUCUAUGACGCAGAUCAGUGGGCCACGAGGGGUGGUGCAGUGAAGACGAAUUGGAGUGAAGCUCCGUUCAUUGCUUCUUACAGAAACUUCAAUGAUCGGCAUGCUUGUGUUUGGACUUCGUCUUCUUCGUCUUCCUCUUGUUCUUCACACCACCAAUAUUCAUGGCUGCGGCAUUCCCUCAACGCCUCUGGGGAAGCCAUGAUCAAAUGGGUCCAGAAAAACUUCAUGAUUUACAAUUACUGUACUGACACCCAGCGAUUCCCGCAUGGCCUCCCUCCUGAAUGUUCAUCGCCUUGA